UCCCACUCUAUCCACCUAUCCAAGAGGUUGUAGCAGAAUCUCACUUUGACUUUUUAUCAACACUACACUGGAUUGACAUCGUUGUGGAUUUUAGGAUUACUUGAUCCUAAUUUCUUCACACCUGUAAAGGAGGUUCCUUGGGGGGUUUAUCAUUGGAUGGGGGAUGGUGCCUUUAUGCUGAGCUAAGGGACAAGUGCACAUGUGAGACUUGGAGGAUAGGAACCACACAGAGAGACCUCCAGUGAAACUAAGUGAUCAGCAAUCCAGGUUGGAAACCUUGAUGGUGAUCACAUCCUAAGAUCCAAACGCAACCAGACCAGAGGCCGAUAUGGAGCUGCGACUGGCAUGCAGGGCUUCCCUAGUCCUGGUCAUACUGGCACUGACUCUCUCAGGACAGAGGGUUGAUGCUCAAAGCAGGGCAGGCUGUAAGAAUGUGCACUAUGACCUGGUGUUCAUCCUGGACACAUCGUCCAGUGUGGGGAAGGAGAACUUUGAGAAGAUCCGCCAGUGGGUCUCCAACCUGGUGGAGUCGUUCGACGUGGGCCCGGACAAGACGCGUGUGGCCGUGGUACGCUACAGCGACCGGCCCACCACUGAGUUCAACCUGGAACACUACCGCACCAUGGACGAGGUGAAGAGGGCCGCCAGGAACAUCCGCUACCUGGGAGGGAACACCAUGACCGGGGACGCCAUCAGCUACACCACCAACAACAUCUUCACAGAGCGGGCCGGGGCCAGGCCUGCAGCCAGGGGCAUCCAGAAGGUGGCUAUCCUCCUGACAGACGGGAGGAGCCAGGAUUAUGUGUUGGAACCGUCAAAGGCGGCGGCGAAGGCCGGGGUGAGGAUGUUCGCUGUGGGCAUCGGGGAGGCUCUGAAGGUGGAGCUGGAGGAGAUCGCUGCAGAACCUAAGAAUGCUCACGUGUUCCAUGUGACAGACUUCAAUGCCAUCGACAAGAUCAGAGGGCGGCUGAGGAGACGGCUCUGUGAAAAUGUGCUAUGCCCCAAUAUGAAGGUCCAACCAGACCGCUUCAAGCCCAACAGCACCAGCUAUGGAUUGGAAGAAGUUCCAGGGUUUGACCUGAUGGAAUACUUCAAAGUGGAAAACAUACUGGGAUUAAGGUUUGAUGAGGGCCAGAGCUCCUAUGUUCGACUUGGGACCAUGCCUAUUGUACAACAGACAGAAGACGUGUUCCCUCAAGGUCUGCCAGAUGAAUAUGCCUUUGUGACGACUUUCAAGUUCAGGAAGACCUCGAGACGGGAGGACUGGUACCUCUGGCAGAUCUUUGACAAGUAUGGAAUUCCACAGGUGUCUAUCCGUCUGGACGGUGAAAACAAGGCAGUGGAAUACAACGCAGUGGGGCUGACCAAAGACGCAGUGAGAGCUGUGUUCAAGAACGAGGAGGUGGACAACCUGUUCGACAGGAACUGGCACAAGAUCGCCCUGAGCGUUGAGGCCAAGUCGGUGUCUCUCUACCUGGACUGUAAACUCAUCCAGACCCUGCCCAUCGGGGACAGGGAGGACAUCGAUAUCCACGGGAAGACUGUGAUCGGGAAGAGGCUGUACGACAGCGUGCCCAUUGAUUUUGACCUCCAGAGGAUGAUCAUCUACUGUGAUUCCAAACACGCUGAGCUGGAGACCUGCUGUGAUCUGCCCACCGGGCCGUGCCCCAAGAAGGUGGUGACAGAGGCCCCUCCCAUAGAGAUCCCCACCCCCACCCCUGCAGGUGUGGAGCAGCAGAGAGGACCCCAGGCGGUCAACUGCUCCUGUCCCGCUGGAGAGAGGGGAGAGAUCGGUGUACCUGGGUUUGCCGGUCCCAAGGGUGAAAAGGGUGAUACUGGUGCUCUGGGAGCAGCUGGACCUACUGGCCUCAAUGGAGCCAAAGGAGAAACUGGCAAAGUAAUAUCUGUCAAGGGAGACAGAGGUGAGAAGGGGGAUCCCGGUAGCCAGGGGACAUCCGGUGACAAAGGAUCCAAUGGGGAGAAGGGAACCAGUGGAGAGGCAGGUCUUGCUGGGAAAGAUGGAUCUAAAGGAGAAAAAGGUGAAUCAGGGCUGACAGGCGAUCAGGGAUUACCUGGACCUCUGGGACCAAAGGGAAUUCAAGGAGACUCAGGACUUCCUGGUUCAUCUGGACCCAAAGGUGUCGUUGGUGAAAACGGUUUGAAAGGAGAUAAAGGAUCUGCAGGAUUAAGGGGUGACAAAGGUAUUGAUGGAUUCCCUGGAAAACCUGGUGUUCCUGGAAAAGAUGGUUUGGGAGGACUGAUUGGCGCACCUGGAGCCGCUGGAGUGAAAGGGGAAAAGGGAGAGACGGGCCCUGCUGGAAUGCCUGGGGAUAUGGUUCAAAGAGAGGGCUUGAAAGGAGAGGCUGGACCGCCAGGACCUCGUGGCCCUCCAGGACCUAAUGGUCCCCCAGGACCCCCUGGUGCAACUGGUCAACUUGGUUUACCUGGUGAACCUGGAGAGUUUGGCCAAAGGGGCAGGAAAGGUGAAAGUGGAUUACCUGGUGUUGACGGGCUACCCGGACCACCUGGUUCCCAGGGGCCUCCUGGAGGGCAAGGAAACCCUGGACAAACUGGACCUCCUGGUCUACCUGGCGAGAUUGGAUUUUCAGGGAAACCAGGAGAGCCAGGCAAAGCAGGUUUACCUGGAAACGAUGGGCUGGACGGACUUCCAGGAAAUGACGGAGCCAAGGGGCCUAGAGGAGAGUCUGGAUUGGAUGGCUUCCCUGGUAAACCUGGUCCUAAGGGUGAAGAAGGACCACCGGGACCAAGAGGACCUGGAGGAGAGGGGGGACAAGUUGGUUUAACUGGACAACCAGGUGUUGUUGGACCAAAAGGAGAGAAAGGAGGACAGGGUGACCGGGGACUAGACGGCUCUCUCGGGCCAAAGGGUGACAAAGGUGACAAGGGUGACACAGGACCCAAGGGAACUCCAGGAAUACCAGGAAAUGUGGCCAAUGUUAUCCCUGAGCCUGGUGAGCCUGGAACACCUGGAGAGAGAGGAGAAAAGGGAGAGCAGGGGAAUCCAGGAGAUAUUGGUCCAAGAGGAGUGCCUGGUGAACAAGGCUUUGUGGGACUGCCUGGACCACAGGGACCUAAAGGUGACAUUGGCCCUAAAGGAGAGACUGGGAGACAAGGAGAGCCUGGUCCUCCAGGAUUGCAGGGAACACAGGGUACCCGUGGACUGCCUGGCAAUGUGGGCAUCCCUGGAACCAUUGGACCACCUGGAAUAGCUGGACAGAGAGGAGAGAGGGGAGAGAUGGGGAAGGAGGGUCGUGGUGGCGCCCCAGGCCCUCCUGGAGAUGCAGGCAUACAAGGACCCCCUGGCCUACCAGGGAAGGGCAAAGACGGACAGAACGGUGAUCCUGGACAGCAGGGAAUUGAAGGACCGCCCGGCCAGAAGGGCCAACCCGGAUCCCAGGGACUUCAGGGGGUUCCAGGGAACAGGGGUCCUCCAGGAGAAGGCAAAGUUGGACCCCCGGGACCUUCAGGGCCAAAUGGUGCAGUUGGACCACCGGGCAUGAGAGGUCUGUCAGGCGUCGCUGGUGCACAGGGACCUGCAGGACACAAUGGUUUACCAGGAAGACCAGGAGAGAAGGGAUCCCCAGGAGAGCCAGGAGCAGCAGCAGACUUGUCGGAUUUGAAUCUGAAGGAUGUGUGUUCAGACUGCCCAGCCGGAGCCCCGGGACAGCCUGGUCUGCCAGGGACACCAGGGGACAAGGGACAAGCUGGACCCCCAGGGACGAAUGGACAGGAUGGGUACCAAGGCCAGGCAGGCCAGGCUGGACCCACUGGACCCCCAGGAGCUAAUGGAGAAAAGGGUGUGAAAGGUGAUAGAGGACCCCAAGGAGGGCCUGGAGACAAAGGUGAAAUAGGCCACACCGGACCCCCCGGCCACCCCGGUGCUGCUGGCAUCAUGGGGAAUCCUGGUAACAACGGUCAACCCGGCCCCAUCGGUCCCCCAGGAGCCCCUGGAGAAAAAGGCAAGGAGGGGAUGAAGGGAAUCCAGGGGCCACCAGGUCUACCAGGCUUAAUGGGUCAAAUGGGAAAAAUUGGCAAAGAUGGCCGCCAAGGAGAACAAGGAGAAUCUGGUAAACAAGGAGAGCCAGGACCACCAGGACAACAAGGACUCAGGGGAAUGCCUGGCUUCAAGGGUCACAGAGGAGAGCCUGGACCACCAGGGUCAAAGGGUGAAGAUGGAAAGGAAGGCCGUAGUGGACCAGAGGGUAAACCUGGCCAAGACGGUAAUAUUGGACCACUUGGACCAGAGGGCCUUGCUGGCCGGAGAGGGGAGAAUGGUAAACCUGGUGAACCAGGACCUUCAGGAAAGCCAGGAGCCCCUGGUACUCCUGGUCCGGCUGGAGCCAAGGGAGACCCUGGGAACCCAGGAUUACCAGGCUUUAGUGGUCCAAAGGGACCUUUGGGUCCUGCUGGUCCUGUCGGCCCAGAGGGAAAACAGGGUAUGUCAGGCAGAGCAGGAGAACGUGGAGUCAAAGGAGAGAGGGGCGACUCAGGUGGGAAGGGAGAUAAGGGAUCUGUUGGAGAUCCAGGUAUGCCUGGUAACCCGGGGCCCCCAGGCCGUAAGGGCCACACAGGGAUGAUGGGUAUGUCCGGGCCCCCAGGAGAGGUGGGACUUACCGGGCCUCAGGGAACAUCUGGAAACCCCGGACAACCAGGACCACGGGGAGAGUCAACAUCACUGGAAACAAUGAGAAGGCUGAUCCAGGAGGAACUAGCUAAAGCAUUAGAUGACAAAAUGGCGUACCUGAUGGCCCAGAUCCAGCCAGCCCAUGUGAAGAGCACGGCAGGUCGGCCAGGACCUCCAGGCCCCUCGGGGAAAGACGGGAGCCACGGUCGCCCCGGACCCCCAGGGGAGCCUGGCAUGCCAGGGCAGAAUGGAGGAGACGGCAUGAGGGGACCCAUGGGUCCUAAAGGUGAGAGAGGAUCCAGAGGAGACAAGGGAGAAAAUGGAGUUGGACAGAGAGGAGAGACUGGACCAUCAGGUCCUAUAGGUCCAGCAGGUAUGCCAGGCUAUGGUAAGGACGGGCAGCCCGGGGCGGCUGGAGCUCAGGGAGAAGCAGGGAAUCCUGGCCCCCAUGGCCAGCCAGGGCCCAGCGGACCCCCAGGACAGUGUGACCCCUCCCAGUGUGCCUACUACGCUAGUCUGGGAUCACGACCCCACACCAAGAACGUCAAGGGGACUUAAAGAGACAGGGACACACUAACUGCUUCUGAAAUGGCAACCAAUUCCUUACAUAGUGCACGACUUUGGUCAAAGGUAGUGCACUAGAAAGGGAAUAGGAUGCCAUUUUGGAUGCAGACCAAGAGCUAAAAGUCCAGCUAUUUAUGAACUGGGAUGUGUCAGGAUGAACCAAGAACUUUUCUUUCUAUAAAAAUAUAUCUCCUUAGUUUGGAGGGAGCUCGAGAGAAGUGUUCUGCCUGCCUGCCGGUCAGAAUUAGUUUGUUUUUGUUUUUGUUGUGGGGGUUGGGGGUGAAAUGACCAGGGGAAGUGGGUGUGGAGGGUUGGUUGGUGUCUGAUAUUUGGUAAUGUUAUCAUCAAGAAUUACGUAAUUUGUUCAACUUAGACGGACUGCCAUUGUUCCUAUCCGGCUCGAAGGACCAUGUAAAAGACCACCGACUACAGUCAUGAUUACUGGGCUUACUGGGCCUGGGUUCAAAUAGGAUUUGUUUUCGCUUGAUUGAGCUUACCUGGCACAAUGGAACCAAUGGAAUAGUCGUCAAAAGUGCAAACCCUGCUGAUCUGGCACUUUAGGCAGGCUCAAUCAAACACUCAAAACUAUUUCAAAGAAAACAAAUACCAUCUGUACCCAUGUCUGGUAAAAGAUGGAGCCGCAGUUACAGAACGGCCAUUUAUACCAUAAUAGCGUUGUCAGUCUCCCAACAUACACAGUCGUCAGUCUGGUAUGGGUUUAACAUUAGACUCAACCCAUCAGUCAGUAGCCACAUCAUUGAUCCAGCAGUAGGCAGCUCCUCUGAAGUCAACUGGUAGUGAUCCAGUCAAGUUAUUUCUAUUGAUGGGAAGGGAACAUUAGCCUGAAUGGGAAGGGAACAUUAGCCUGAAUGGGAAGGGAACAUUAGCCUGAAUGAGACACAAUCUGAAAUGUCAAUAUUAAGCUUCAUGGAUGGAUCUUUAAUGAGGCUGUGGAUGGUGGUGAACGACUACAUGCUUUGUUUUGCCUUGCCUGUAAGCUUCUAAUAGUGCAAUUGUCUUGAAUAAUGAGAGCCGGGCCACCAGUACUGGACAGGGUGAAUACUGAACUUUCACAUUCUCUGGGUAUCUGUACAAUUACUAUCUUGACCUUUUGUGACAGCUUUAAUUGCCUAUUGUACAGUGUUUGUUCAUUAUUCCUCCAAAGGGAAUCCAACUUCAUGAAUGGAAAACUACAAAAGGAAAACUACAUUUCCCAUUUCGUUUCUACCUAAGUGUCUCUGGUGAUUCCACAGAGUCUGCCAGUAACCAGUCUGGAGAGAGAAGGUAUUAAAACCACAGCUUUUGUUCCACUCGUUCCUCAAACGUUGCUUGUUUCCUUGCUUCACGCUACGUUCUCUGUAAUGUGUCACUUCCUCUUGCUCAUUAGCCAGUCCCCCUGUGGCACAGGCAGGCCAGGGACACAGUGACUCAAAUAAAGACAUUGUUUUAGCUAAAUCGUUAAGUGCUAUACAGCAUGAGUUCCUUCUUCCCUGUUCUGUGAUUGGUAAAGUCAGUGUGUAUUCUGUCUGAAGGAUGUCUUUCAUCACUCAUCCCACGUCCCUGGUGGACCAAUUAUACCCUCUCUAAAACUCACAAGAUGAGUCGAGGGAGAGUCAGUAAAAAAGAAUACAAUAGAUUACUCACUGCUCACUCUAGGGGAAUUAUUUUGGCUUGAAAAAUGAGAAGAAAUGUAAGACAUCAACAUUGAGGUUCCGAAAUGUUCAUCAGGUCACCAAUAAAGUAAAAUAGAUAUAUUGUAUUUCAGGCCUUCCUUAUAUGGAUGUGAGCCUGGAUCCAGCAUGUAUUUCUAGAACACAGUAAGAACACCCACAGUGUUUCCAGAACCCAGGCCAACACCAACAGUGUUCCAGAACCUAAGCCAACAGCCACAGUGAAAUCACUGCUUGGCCAUCUGCACCUCAGGUCACUUCACUGAAGGUCGUCCAAAGUGCUCUCCAGAAUAUUUAUAGCUAAAUAUACAGUGUCUACAUUGCCCACUGUACUGUAGCCUAUAAAACUGUGCCUCAUGAUCCAUGGCAGUCAAAGGAACAGAGACAGUAUACUCUUCACUGACUUGCAUACACUUUACUACCACAUCACAGUGGAGAUGUGUGGACUUCGUUAUGAAUUACGUUUCAGAAUGCCAGAAUGCCAAAUAGGAGAAAUAUAAUAGUAACAUAAUGGUUUUGUAAAUGGAAAACGCUUGUUAGUCCAUUGAUAUGAGCAUUAGAAUGUCUGAUGUAUGCUGCCAGUGCUCCCCAUAGAAAAUAAUGCAAAAGGUGCACGUUUCUAAUUAUGUUUGGUUUGUUUCCUGAUUUCAUCUAAAUUUGUGAUAAUUGAAAACAACCAACUGUAUGUAACUGAUUUAGAGUUUUUGUUAAUUCUACUGUUAAAUUAUUCACAGUUUGAAAUACCAGUAGCUUACCGUAUGUGGAAUGUUAAAAAUGGUUUUACGAUGGUAAUCCUUACCUGUUUAUCCUAAAAGAUUGGUACUAAAAUAUCCUAAAUUAGUGGCUGGUAUGUUUGUACGUAUUGGAAAGGUGUAUUAUGUACUGUAUCAUGUUGUAAUAAAGACUGGAACAGAUCA